UUCCAGUAAGAUUGGAGAAUCAAAUUAGGAGUAAAAACGUAAUACUGUAAAGUGCAAAGUGACAAAAUAUAACUUACAUUGUAUAUGCUGCUAGCAUCUUUCUUGAAUCUGGAACCAUUACAAACUCACAGUUUCUCGUUAUAGUCAAGCGACUUGAUGCGCUGAAUCCAAUUGAAGAUAAUAUCGAUUGAACCCCACGGGCCCACGGAACAACGAAACAUUUAUCACGAAAAAUUCAAUUAUACUAGUCUCAUAUAGUCGAUAAUAUCCUGCCUAUACUAAUACAAGACUAGUAUAGAUUGUUUUGGCAGGACUCAUGCAUGCAGGGUCAUUAUGAUAUUAAAGACAUCAGCCAUGAAAUAUUUGCGGAGGCGUAGUGUGCUUUGUGUGUGUUAGAUCUGUGAAUUGAAAUAUUUUAGAGUUUAUACUGGUCUGAAUGUUUUUGGCACGCGUCAGAAAAACUUCAGCUGAUCAUGUUUGGGUUUUUCCGUUAACUUGCGUUUCGUGCGGGUUUGAGCAGAGGCCAAAUUUACAUCAUUCAAUUGCUACGUUCUUCAAUGGCCCAUGCCGCGCGGUUUCUAAAAACCGAAACCUUCGCGGUUUCGUUUGGAAUGUUGUAAAAUGCGGAUAAUAUAACCCUGCGAAGUUUGCCGUUUUCCAGUCAUUUUGUAUUACGCGCGGGAAAUUGAUACCUUUUUUCAGAAAGCGGUAAUCAAUUUCCCGUGCGUAAUACAAAAUGACUGAAAAACGGCAAACUUCUCAGGGCUAUAUUAUCCGCAUUUUACAUUAACGGAAUAUUACUAAUUUUGUGAUGCUCUUUCAAACUGUGAUGACAUUUUUGUCUAGACAUGUCUAGAUUAAAAUUUUGUUCAUUAGGGAAUAGGUCCAUUGAAAAGCCGUUUUCUUCUUUCAAAUUUUUCAAAAUAUCACACACGCGAAAUCCUUCGCGGUGUAGACGAAUGACUUUAAGUUUUAGCUCGACUGUUAAUCGAGGCAUUUCUAAUUGUUAGUGUUACACCAUUUACUGUUGUAAAUUGUGUCUCUUGGGGGAAACGCAGCAUUUAUUUAUAUUUAUAGUGUUAUUGACUAGUGUAAUUUGACACUGGUGACAGUAUUCGCCGGUAUUCGGUAACAUUGUGAAAACUGGGCAUGCAUGCAUGCACAAAAUUCCUGAACAUUGACUUUAAUAUUUUAUCACAUACAAUAGCUACGGUAUAUAUAUAUAAUUUUCGAGAACUUACUCAAAACUCUAAUCUCUGUGAAAAACAUACUUUUUAUGUGUUUGAAGAAAAAAUGCUCACAUCACAAUGCAUACAGUUGUAGUUAAUUAGGAUUCUUGACCAAAGUAAAAGAAAUCAAAUUUUGGCACAUUCUUCAAUACUAUAUAGCUGAGAAAAUUUGACAAGAUAAUGCAGUUGUUUGAAAAAUUUAUAUAUUUGUAUUUGUAGUUUUAUACUUAUAAGCUGGCAAAACCAAAACCAACAACACAUAUUUUCAUGCGCAUCAUGAUGAAAAAUUUCUGAUAUUACUCGCGGUUACAAAUUGACCCAAAUAGAGUUUUGCCUUUUGGGAAAAUUCGGCCUGACACAGUUUGCAAGCUAACAACAUUCAUAUAUUCAUUGAACACAGAUUAUAGAUGGGGAAAACUGAAAUUUUUCUGUCCAAAAACAUUCAGGCCACUAGAGUAAAGAGAUUCUAAAAUAUUUCAAUUCACAGAUCCAACACGCACAAAGCACACUACGCCUCCGCAAAUAUUUCAUGGCUGAUUUCUUUAAUAUCAUAACGACCAUGCAUGAGUCCUGCCAAAUUGACAAUCUAUACUUGCAUUAGUAUAGGCAGGAUAUUGUCGACUAUAUGAGACUAGUAUAAUACUGGUACUUUGCGAUAAAUACACAGUAUGUUCGUGUUUCGUUGUUCCGUGGGGCUCAAUCGAUAUUAUGUUCAAUUGGAUUCAGCGCAUAACGAGAUCGAAACUGUGAGUUUGUAAUGGUUCCCGAUUCAAGAAAGAUGCUAGCAGCAUAUACAAUGUAAGUUAUAUUUUGUCACUUUGCACUUUACAGUAUUACGUUUUUACUUGUAAUUUGAUUCUCCAAUCUUACUGGAACUACAAGACAACGUCGACGAGUACUCGAUAUUUAUAUUGUUAAACAGCGUCAGCGAACUCGAUGCUAAUUCUUACAACCGGACCAUAUUUGAAUAUAUAGUCCCAUAUUUAAAUAUGGCAUUUGUUCGUCCAAUCAUUCGCAUUUUCGUGUCAUUUUUACCGUUUUGAUUGAUAUGGACUCAGCUAUAGUUAACGCUUCUAAGACUGUCCGUCCAUCUACGAACUUUGUUCGAAGAAAAUAUGUCCCACCAUGUGGCAGUCGUUUAUAAACACGCUAAUAUCUAUCAUACUAGGUUUCAUAUAACUAUGGCGUUUUAUCAUUUAGCUGAAUUAUUCGCUUCAUAUUUGUACAAAUUGUCUGAGCCUUUUGACUCGCAAGCACUCGCUAGUUGCGACUAGCGAGUAGCGAGUGCUUGCGAGUGAGAUGAAAUGCGAGUACUCGCGAGUAGCGAGUCAGAACGAGUACUCGCUUUGACUCGCGCGCACUCCCUACGCGCGAGUGGACGUACCCUUACUCGCGACAGGUACUGUAUUUAGUAUUUUUGGUAUUGCGUAUACUGUUUUCAGAAAUCAACAGAUAUCCUAAUUAGUCUAGUGGAAAUUAUAUAAGAAUAUUGUAAUUUUCCUGAAAAAAAUACUGCCGAUAUAUCUACAUUAUUCGUAUUUCUUUGUCAAUAUCGGCAAAAUGCAGCAAAAUUGUAUAGUUGAUCUGGGUUUAACAAACAAAUGUUUGUGAAAUGUGUACAAUAAACCAUCUUGGUCAGAGCUACCUGAAAAAUAUUAUUUCAGGUAGCUUCAACCGAAAUGAAUUGUGGACAACUACCUAAAUUGACCCCAAUUAUGUAUAACUCUAUUUAGAUUGAGGACCAAAGUUAGCUAUGUGGAAUAGAGAAAACAACCUACAUAUAGGCAGCUAGACACAGAGAUGCCAAUGGAUUCACAUUUUUAGACUUUUUGGUGACAUCAAUUAGUUUAGUCGUUAUAGUUGUGUGUAAUGUUAGACAAAAAAAGAAAUACCUGGGUUUCCUAUUUCUUGUUGCAAAAAUUUAGGGGUAGGUUAGGCUAGGUUUUCUCUUGAUAAAAACAGAUUAUACUUUACAUUUGUAGCCACUGUAGUACAAAACUAAGUAACUAACACCAAGGAGUCUGGACUGGGCAUGAUUGCUCCAAGUUGUUUGCAAACUUCAGAUAAAAAGAUUUGGGUUGGUGAUUUCAUCGUCCAAAAGCUAGGUAGUGUCGGGAAACCCAGGUACUUCUUUUAUUGGCUUUAGGAUAGACUGCACUGUAGUUAAAAUGCUGUAAUUUCAGUGAAAGUGUGUUUGAGUAUACUGUAUUUAGAUCUAGUGAUCUACUUUGGUUCAGUAUGUGCUGUAUACAGACUGUGGAAUUGAAACAAUUCCUACAAGAAUGUUCUAUUAUUUAGGCUUAGACCUGGUCCUAAAGUCACCUCAAGUUCCAGCAAUUUAGGGCGACUUUAGGCAACUUGAGAAUUUGGAGGAAAAAUUGGUAGUACCUUACUACUUCAGGCAACUUAGUGGGAAUUGACGGUGUAUGGAUACGUUAAUGCCUUUUUGGAAAUAUCUCCUAUCCAUCCCCAUCCUCCCUAUCCCAAGGCGACAAAGGACAUUAAUUAACUAGAUGUGUCAACCAGAAACUCCACCAUUAACUUGAGGUAUCGCCAUCCCCUGCAGGUCAUUAACAGUAAUUAAACAUCUUUCAGAGACAAAAUGUAUACUGCACUUGUUUAGGCACAGAGCUUCCAACACUGCCAAAUCUUAAUUGCAACCUACCAUGAUUUCUCUAAUCAGACGCUUCUAAACCCUCUCCCUCUGAUGAAUUUUUGACAAGAAAUAAAUGAAAACAACUAGAUAUUCUGGGGUAAAUAUGCGCGAAAGCUUCGGAUUGAUAGGGAUAAAACUACCUGAAAAAUACAAGGAGAACUUCGACGUUUCGAGCGAAGACCCUUGUACUGUUAGUGUUUGUAUACAUCGUACUUGACCUUUACUGAUUCAUGAAAAAUAUAAUCUCUUCAAAAAUGAGAGUGAAGUGUGGACCUGCGGUUGAUUUCUUUAAAACUGGACUAAAGGUUUACAUUUCCCUGACAUUGGAUUAUUGAAGUUGCUCUCGUAUACUAUGUACUUUAAAUUUAUGCUCUCCUGUCACAGUUAAUGGUAUACGUAGUGGACGUUAGGUCAACACUUCACAGCAAACAUUCUCUCAUUCUUGAGGAGAUUAUAUUUAUCAUUUUAUAAUGAAUACCGACAGUAGAGGUCAAGUACGAUGUAUACAAACACUAACAGUACAAGUCGAAGGGUCUUCGCUCGAAACGUCGAAGUUCUUGUAUUUUUCAGGUAAUUGUAUCCCUAUCAAUCUGAAGCUUUCGCGCAUAUUUACUCCAGAAUAUUUAGUUUUCAAUUGAUUUCAGUGUAAAAAGUAUCUAAUUUUCGACGAGAAAUUCCAAAUACUUUGUUUAUAUUUUGCAACAAUUGCCGAGCAUGCGUACAACUCACGUUGGAAAUGCAACGUGAAUCAAUUCGAUUUCUCCAGAGCUAUACCCAACUCUUAACCUGCGAACAGGCAUGCUCUGGGGCUGAUAAUUUGUCAAGGAAACAUGCAUUUGUCAUUACCAAAAAAGGAUCUUUGCGAUUUAGGUUGUCGUAGAAUGUCCAACGAGCGAACCAGUUUGAACUUACGCUGUUGGUAUUUAGCGUGCCAGUUUCCUGUCCCCUUACUGCUGGCAUGUGGAUACGGCAGGACCUUGUGCUGCAUUUGGAUUACAAACCCUAACAUUCUAACAUGAGAAAUUGUACUCCACUCAAGUGUAUCUGCAAUCAGGCGAAAUUAUAAAAUGAUAUAUAAAAAUAGAGAUCGGAAGAGGGAAUUACCUAAAUGAAGUACAAUGCGCUUUCCUGUCAUGAUGGCCGAAAUGCCGCUGAUUUACCUUCGGAACACUGAUAAGUGCGCAAAAAGCAUUGAAUCCAUUGAUAUCAAAGUUGUUUUUUGUUGUAAUACGAAAAUUGAUAGGAAAAGACGAAGUUCGUUCACUAUUAAAGUACGAUGCAAAAAUGUGUAUCAAUGAUACAUCUCAGUACUUUGUCCUCGUGUAAUAUCAAUGAACAUGCAUUCGUCCUCGUAUAAUAUUAAUAAUAUUAUUGAACAUGACAUGGGUAUCGACAUAGAUUUGGUCGAAAGAUCAAAGCUUGACUAGACGACAAAUUCGGUGAACAAGGCAAGUGGUUGUAAAUGCGAACAAGAUUGCAAUUCAGCUCAGCAUUCAGUUGGCGAAAGUGAAGAGAAGAUGAAAGUCAUGAAACAAUACAAAAGUUUAUAUGUAUAUAAUUUUUGCUUGUAUAAUAUUGAACAGAAUUCUUCAAAAUCUUAUUAAACUCAACGACAAUAGUUAGAACAAUCCUGGCGUACAAUUACUACAUGAAAUGCAACAUGAUUAAGAAAAUUGCACAAGUGCAGCCUGAUUUAGCAUAAUAUUCAAUAUGCUGCUGUUUUGGAUGCGGUCAAAAAUAUUCAAUGACAAUGUGCAUAAUUAUGAUCUCAAAUAUGACUAUAUAUAAACCAAUUUAAAUGCAAUGAGCCCAAUCGUUUCUUUUGCUCUGGCUAACUUCAAAUGAUUUUACUUAUUGCAAGACUCUUCCCUAGUGUAAUGUAUGCAAAGCAUCUUGGGGGUAAAUAUAUAUCGUCUUAAUUACAUAACAUGGUGUCAGGAAAGAUAGCCAUCCGAUAAAAAACCCAUAGAAAUACAAGGAGUAAAGGUCCGACAACAAGUGUAAACGGAAAUGGAGGGGUUUCCAGCCUCAAAUAUGCCCAAAAUGAACUGGUCGACUUGCCAGCAGCAUGGAAAUCGUUUCAACAACAUUGUGAAUUUGCUUUUGGUGGGCCACUAAAAGGCAAAUCUGAAGAACAAAGAUGCAACUAUCUGAUGAUAUGGGUUGGAGAGAAAGGCCGAGAUGUAUAUAAUACCUGGAAUUUAACAGGCGAAGAAUCGAAAAAGCUCUUUAAGGCCGGAUUCCACGAGGCGGAAUUUUUCGACCGAAACGAAAUUUCUCUUUGUCUUUUUACAAUUAGUUCUGCUUGAGAGCUCAUGAAACAAAGAGAAAUUUCGAUUCGGUCGAAAAAUUUCGCUUAGUGGAAAACCGCCUUUAGUCACUACUUACUACGAAAGAUUCGAAGAGUAUGUAAAGCCCAAAUCAAAUAAUGUUUUUGCUCGUUACAAGUUUCAUAAUAUAGUACAGCAAGAAAAGGAGCCAUUCGAGCAGUUCUUGACUAAACUCAAGUCGAAGUUAAAGAUUGUGGAUACAAAGACCCAGACGAAAUGGUUCGAGAUCGAGUAGUAAUCGGUUGUUAUUCGUAAAAAGUACGAGAGAAAUUAAUGCAAGAAGGAUCUGAACUAACCUUGGAAAAGGCAAUUGAUAUCGCUCGAACACAAGAAAUGUCGAACACCUAGCUUCAAAGUAUGGCACCUGAAGAUAACAAUGUACACAGCCUCAGAGACGAACGAGAGACAAAAUUCCAAUAUAAAGAUGACAAACGACGAAAAGGCUCAAACACCAGAGACGGUUAUACUUAUAGACAACACUGCAGCAAGUGUGGUAUAAAACAUGACCAAAAUAAAUGUCCAAAGAGGAGUCUGAAGAGAGUGACAGUGAACUAUAUGUUGAUUCUGUGGGAACUACAGAUGCCAUAAACAAAAAUGAAUGGUGUGAAGAUGUAAAAAUUGCGGAAAAAACUGUAAAUGUUCAGCUCGAUACAGGUGCAAGGUGUAAUGUAAUUUCCAUCAAAGAUCUUCAACGUCUCGAAAUCAACACAAAUAUAAAGAAACCAGAAGCACAGCUCAAGUCAUACUCUGGUCAUGUCAUCAUAACUAUUUUACCAUGUGAGUACAAAAGAAAAACAUACCAAGUAAAGUUCCGUGUUGUUGAUAUUCCAGCACCACCAGUAUUCAGUGCCAACACAUGCAAAGAAUGGGUCUAGUAGAAAGAGUACAUGCAGUGGAGACCUCGAAGUCACAAGAUCAUCACAAUGCAGAUCCCCUCUCGCCACCAAAAUAACCUCAACCCAACAACAUGAACUGUUGAAAGGAUACGAUGAGUUGUUUACUGGUCUUGGAUGUUUGCCUGGUGAACAUACCAUUGAACUUGAUCGUUCGUAUACCACUGUUGUCCACCCACCAAGGAGAGUCCCGUUAGCCCUGAAAGAACAGAUCAAAGCAGAAUUACAGAGGAUGGAAGAUGCUGGUGUUAUCGCCAAACAAACAGAACCCGCGAAAUAA